AUGUAUGUGAAAUGCUUUGAUACAGUAAUGUUUUACUAUGUGAUAUUAGUGAUUUUAGUGAAUGUCACUUUUUGUCAUUUUCAAAUUUCCUGCCGUUCCGUCCCCCGUACGUCCCGACGCUCGCAGGGGACGGAACCCAGAUGACAGAUGCCGGCAUCCGCCGGAGGACAUUGCCAGGGACACUGCAGGAGGGACAUCACGGGAGCACAGGACAAGGUAAGUGAAGAACAGAUCCUGGAGCAGCGCCGCAUGGUAAGCCCGAGUGUAGCUCAGGGUUACUGCUUGUGCUACAGUCGGGAAUACCGCCGGGGAGGC